AAGAAAUGAUAAUGUUUAAUGUAUUACGUGGAGUGGGUUUGUUUGUAUUGCAGAAUAGGGGUGGUGUCUAGCCGGGUAAAGGGGUGUGAAGACACCCUUGCAUCGAUACAAUCAACCCCGCAAUUACAGCUGCAGUGAAACCCUCCUUACUCAGCGUCCUGACGCAGGCUGCAGUUACGACUUACCACUUCACCAGGGUUGGGACUAUAAAUAGACCUCGCUAGAUUGACUGCUGUCGAGGGCCCUUGCAUGAGCGCGAAUCAGGGUGGUGGUGUGUAUGACUGCGAUAAGAUUCACCCCCGCAGAAUAGAUUAAUCGACCCGUGCCGAACCUUGUUCCCCAGUCAGCGACCGGCUGCCCUGCCGAGCUGAGAAGCAAACCGCGAUAGCUUAGCUUGGUGCUAGCUGCAGCCGACAUGGCACGGUGGUAUCGCGCUGCAGCAGCUCGCAGCGAGCGGGGAAGCGUUCCCGACCAGGUCUCCAGCAUAUAACCGGAUGCACCCACCACCCAGACACCCAAUUCACUCGCAAGCCAUCACUGCACCCACCACACCCACCAAAAUGCGUCCCCCAGUCCCAGUAACCCUAAUCCCCGCUCCCCUCCUCCUCAGCCUCCCCCUCCUCCUCACCCCCCUAACAACCGCAACAAUCACCAACCCGACCACCCUCCCCACGCCCCCGAUGGGCUUCAACAACUGGUCGCGCUUCAUGUGCGACCUCAACGAAACCCUCUUCGUCACCACCGCAACCGCCAUGCAGACCACCGGCCUCCAAGCCGCAGGAUACACGCGCCUAAACCUAGACGACUGCUGGAUGGAAACCGCCCGGCUCCCCAACGCCUCGCUCACCUGGAACACGACCAAAUUCCCGCGGGGGAUCCCCUGGCUCGCCGCGCACCUGGCAUCGCUCAACUUCACGCUGGGCAUCUACCAAGACGCCGGCAACGCGACCUGCGGCGGGUACCCGGGCUCCUACGGCCACGAAGCCCGGAACCGAGGGCUCACCUGAGGGCGAAGGCUUGACUGGCCUUUCUGGAAGUGGCCACAUAUGCAUGGUGAUAACCCAACCUGGUUCAAUCACAGUUUCCCAAACUUGUGGUAGAAUGAUAUCCCCAUUGGGACCUACCAAAUCAUAAUGCCCUGCCGCGACG